AUGCAUUCGGCUCGAAUUCAGCAGUUUGUUCGACGACUUCGUCCAUCGAUUGCAGCCGAUCAUAUCUAUAUUUCCAGCAAACACACCGGUCGCCUAUUCAUUUGCGAAGAAGAGGAAUUGAACAAAACGAUUGAAUCGUAUCAGCGCAUCGACGACAAAUACGCGUUGUUCGAAAAAAUGUUCCUGCAAAUUUUUUUGGAGAAGGAAUUCGAGAUGGCCGCGGUUUUUGGCCUCGACAACCUUGACGAAACCCAAUUGCGCAACGAUCAAAGAUUUCGGACGCAUGUCGGAAAAUUUCAGCGUUUUAUUAAUGGAAUUUUUGAUAUGCUAUCGAAGGGCGUCAAAAGCUCCGACGAAAUUGUGGAAAUUUUGCGAAUUGUUGGAAGGCAGCACGGCAAUGUCAGAGCGAUGAGCUUCACCGCCGAAAAGUGGCCGAUUUUCAAGAAUGUGCUCCUCGAGCUGCUAUGUAAAGAUCUUAAUGAAAAAACUUGCGCGACGUGGAACAAAUUGAUAAGCUUCAUCAUCUCCGAAAUCAAGGACAGCUAUCUCGAACACGUGCGACACGCUCGAUCGUCAUCGUGCCCGCAAAUCACAACGUAUCGGCUUUUCUCGAAAUCGCGACGGCUCAAGAAUCGAAAACAUUCGGAGAGCAAAUUGACGAAGACGGACACAUUGAAUGACUAG